UUUUAUGUGUGGUUGUGUUUGUUAUCAAAAGCAUUUAAACAAAAAAUUAGUUAGACAACUUUACAACCCUGGAACAUCUUAAUUCACAACAAAAACGUUAUGUACCUUUAUAUUCUGCUUAUUCAGUUUCACUUGGAACAACUAGGCUUCCUAAUUCAAUUUGACUGACAUAUAGAAUAAUUUGAUAUCAAUAUUGUAUACUUAUACUUUAUUUUAAUUUUCUAGGAUACUCCUAUCUCUCUCUUUUCUUGGUGUCUGGAUGGAAUUCUUUUGAUUUGCACUUGGGCUCUUCUGAAUUGAUCUGCUGGACUACAACUGGACAUGCUGAGGCCUUGUGACACGUUUACCUAUGGUUGCUGCAAUCGUUACCUGCAACCAACUGUGUCAUCUACUUGUUUGACCCUAUGGUUCUUCCUUGGCCUUUUCAGUGGUUAUAUACACUAUUAGAAGGCCCUGAAUGGGUUAAAGGUUUUGCUAUCUAUGCAGAGUAUUUUUUAGAGGCUCAUCCACAACACACGAAAGGGUUGAUGAGAUGUCCUUUAUUGAAGCAACAGGAAUGCACUACUGGGAGCUAGCUGAGCACAUAAGACACGGCCAGAGCACUGAGAGAUAUCAGGUAUUGAUGUAACUGGAGUGAAUAAGGGAACCUUCUUCCUGAGCACAGACAUUGGAGCCUGUUAUCAGCAUGAACUCAUUUGUGUUAGACAAACACCUGAAUAGUUCAUAUCCAUCCUUCACCACAGCAAGCAUCAGAAUGAUACCACAGACUCCAACAUUUUUAGACACUAAUGACUAUUCACAAACAUUGGGGAAAUCACAGCAGAUAUUUAAAGAAGAUGAUGAAUUGUCAGGAACUGGGCAGCAAUCGCUAUGUACAGAGAGUAAUUUAGUCAUCAAACAAGAGGACAAGAAUUAUGCCAUAUCUAGUGAAAUGAUUAUCCCUGAGGAUAAGCCACAAACAUUUACUGAGUUUUCAAAACAUUUUAAAGAAGACAAAAGUCUACAGUCUAACCAAAUGAUUCAUACAAAAGAUAAACAUUUCAAAUGUACAGAAUGUGAGAAAAGCUUUAGACGGAAGUCUCAUCUCCUAGAACACCACAAAAUUCACACAGAUGAGAAGCUUCACACAUGUCCUGAGGGUAUCAAAUGUUUUAUGCAAAUGACAAAUCGUAUAGCUCAUGAAAGGACCCACACAGGGGAGAAACCUUUUAGCUGUACAGAGUGUGGAAAAAGUUUUACACAAAUGGAUAAUUUGAAAACUCAUAAAAAGAAUCACACAGGAAAAAAGCCUUUCACAUGUACAGAGUGUGGAAACAGUUUUACACAAAAGAGUGAUCUGAAAAUGCAUGUGAGGAGUCACACAGGGGAAAAGCCUUUCACAUGUACAGAGUGUGGAAAAAGUUUUCCACAAAAGAGUGUUCUGAAAACACAUGAAAGGAUUCACACAGGGGAAAAGCCUUUCACAUGUACAGAGUGUGGAAAAAGUUUUACACAAAAGAGUGAUCUGAAAAAACAUGUGAGGAGUCACACAGGGGAAAAGCCUUUCACAUGUACAGAGUGUGGAAAAAGUUUUACACAAAAGAAUGAUCUGACAAAGCAUUUAAGAUUUCACACAGGAGAAAAGCCGUUCACAUGUACAGAGUGUGGAAAAAGUUUUACACAAAUAAGUAGUCUGAAAAAUCAUGAAAUGAGUCACACAGGAGAAAAGCCUUUCACAUGUACAGAGUGUGGAAAAAGUUUUACACAAAAGAGUGAUCUGAAAAAACAUGUGAGGAGUCACACAGGGGAAAAGCAUUUCACAUGUACAGAGUGUGGAAAAAGUUUUACACAAAAGAGUGAUCUAAAAAAACAUGUGAGGAGUCACACAGGGGAAAAGCAUUUCACAUGUACAGAGUGUGGAAAAAGUUUUACACAAAAGAAUGAUCUGACAAAGCAUUUAAGGAUUCACACAGGAGAAAAGCCGUUCACAUGUACAGAGUGUGGAAAACGUUUUACACAAAUAAGUAGUCUGAAAAAUCAUGAAAUGAAUCACACAGGAGAAAAGCCGUUCACAUGUACAGAGUGUGGAAAAAGUUUUACACAAAUAAGUAGUCUGAAAAAUCAUGAAUUGAAUCACACAGGAGAAAAGCCGUUCACAUGUACAGAGUGUGGAAAAAGUUUUACAGAAAAGAGUAGUCUGAAAAAUCAUGAAAGGAUUCACACAGGGGAAAAGCCGUUCACAUGUACAGAGUGUGGAAAAAGGUUUACAGAAAAGAGUAGUCUGAGAAAACAUGAAAGGAGUCACACAGGAGAAAAGCCAUUCACAUGUACAGAGUGUGGAAAAUGUUUUACAGAUAAGAGUAAUCUGAGAAAACAUGAAAGGAGUCACACAGGAGAAAAGCCUUUCACAUGUACAGUGUGUGGAAAAUGUUUUACAGAUAAGAGUAAUCUGAGAAAACAUGAAAGGAUUCACAAGGGAAGAAACCUUUCACAUGUCUAGAAAGUGGAAAAAGUUUUUUUUAUUGAAGUCAGGCGUCACAAAACACCAAAUAUUUACACAGAAAUAAAAUUUAUUUACACAGUGUACAAACCUUUUUACAAUUAUCCUAAAGAGGACAAACUCUCUAAAUAGAAGCUUCAAAAAGGAUGUUAUUGUAAAUGAUACUUUCUAAUCCCAGUUAUAAAAGAUCCAGAUUGGAAGUGUUCUCCUGCUGUCAUUUGUUCCUCUAUAUAUGUGCACCUUAGUGUCUCUUAUAUCAAUGUGAUAGAAUCCAAACAUGACACAGGAAUAUACAAAUCUGUCCUCAUACUGACCAGUUUACACAACCAUUCACCACCAAAGCACCCCCAGUGUUGUUUAUUAAUAUGCCAGUGUUAGGAGUUGUACGUUUGAUUUACAUAGGGGAGAAAAUAAUUACAUUUACAGAAUAAAGGAGUAUUUAUAUGAAUAGAGUGUUAGAUGAUUAUAUAAACAAGAACAUCAGUCUCAAAUGAUUGACAUCUGGGAGAUAUAUUUAAUGUGCACAUCAUGUGGAUAAACCUUUUCUUAUAGCAAAAGAUGCUUAGCAUUGUACAUGUUAUAUACCAGAGGAAUUACUUAGGGGAAACUGAUUUUAUUUAAUGAGACUCUAUCAGUAACUGUGCAUACGUGAUCAUAAUCAGUUUAAUUUAAUUGGCUACUAUAACUAAAGGGAACAUUAUAUGUCUGAUAAAUCCCUUUGUAUCAACAGCACAAGUGUUAGGUAUAUUUAUACCAUUGUGUGCAUAUAUCAUGUAAUGCUGCUUUUGACUAUAUAAUGAUAUACAAUGUUUUUUCCUGCAAGUAAAAAGUGAUUGUAAUCCA